AUGCAGCCCAUCAGCAAAGUCGCAGCCCUCUUGGCUCUGGGACUCUCCGUCACCGCCCAAGCCCUGCACCCUGGCAACGCCGGGAACGCCGCCGCCGAGACCACGAGCACCCAACAUGGCACGGGCUACCAUCAUCCGCUCAAGGUCACAAUCGUGGCGGACACCAAUCGUGACGGCAGGGUUGACGUGACUGGAGACUCCGACCUUCUCGGCAAGGAGUCGUGGUCCAGGCAGCGCGGCGCGCUCUUCUUGGCCAACAUUGUCGAUACCGAUCGUCGAUGCUCGUCUCGGAUUCUCAACUCGACAUCUGAUGAUGACAUUGAUAAAUGCCACGACGCUUCAGAUGACGUGCUGCGCAACCCAAAGUUCCUUGCGCCGCUUCGAACAGUCCCGAACUCUGGAUUGAGCCGCUCGGCAGUAGGUUCGCUCUACAUCGCGGACUAUACAGCCGACUCGAUGGUCCGUAUCUUCCACAAGACGCGUGAGGGAUGGGUCUUUGUCACGCCAGAGUAUACCUUUUCGGCCAAGCGUCUCAGGGCCGGUAUCCGGCUCGGCAUCGACGCCCGAGACGUACGUCGCCCGGGCGUAUGGGACGGCAGAGUGACGGUCGAGUUGCUCGUCAGAGAUGGCGACGCCGAGGCCAGAGACCGCGUGGCCCUUCGCGUCGCUCCUGUUCUCACGCACCAUCAUGGUCAAGAGACCAAGCAGGUGCUCUCACAGGCUUCAUCUCUGACGGGCCUGCCCACGGCGCUGAUACCCCUCGACGACCCGCGAGGAUUCCGAGACGACCUCUGGCAGCACAUGUUCAUCCACGCUCUCGAGAAUGUGACGCGUAGCGCCGGGAUUGAAAGGGGGCUGUUUCUCUUCAACGACACCACCGAGGGCGCAACCGACAUCUGGGUCCAAGACUACUUCGAGCCCGGAUACAUGAGCAUCCCUGGUCCCGACGGCCCUGUCGGGCUCCACGUCAUCAUUCGCUCUGCCCAGAGUUGGCGCAGGUCCGGCCGUCUGGUUUUCACUUCUCUCCGGUCAAACAUUACCGGCGCCGUUCAGUUUCUCGCCGCCGGCGACUCCACAGAUUCGAUGGGCAAUCUGGAGACCAUCCCACCCCAUUCGCACAACGGGAAAUCAUUCCCCGCGGGACGGAUAGUCAUGGGAUCUCAGUGGGGAGUCAAGCCGCGCAUAACGCCUUUCCUACUCGCGCAAGAGGAGCAGAGUCCUGUCGAGAUUGACACCUCUUGGCUUUUCGUCGGGCACACGGAUGAAUUUCUCCAGUUCCUUCCCGUCGACAACGAGCUCGGCUGGGUCAUGAUGGUCAGCGACCCCAAAGGAGGCCUCGAGAUGCUUCGGAAGGCCCAGGAAGCCGGCUUUGGGGGAACCGCGGCCACUUCUCGGGCGAGGUCGUUGGGCAACGAUCCCAGCUGCGUGCCUGCCAGCACCAUAAACGAGGUGCUCAACUUGGCCAACUUCACCAUCGUCCAGGAGCUCUGCAGCCGCAUGAUCGAGAAGAAUGUCGACAUUAUCAAACGGGAGACUGGCAUUGCUGAGGAGCAUGUCGUCCGCCUUCCCGCCCUCUUUUACUAUGAUGCGAAGCCGUUUGUGGGCAAAAUGUGCCGCCUCGACCUGGGGGAGGACGACGAUAAGGAGGAGCCCCAUCGCCAAGAGGUCGAGCAUGACCACGAUGAGCACAAUCCAGCAUCCAAGCCUGGCCGGGUCAAGCACCACCUGCUUCGCAACGUCCGCGAAGCUGGCACUCCGCCGCACCGAUUGAGGAGUCGCCAAGAACCGAGCUCAGAGGAAAAGCAGGUGUCGGCCUUUUACCCUGGCACCAUCAAUGGCAUCGUCCUCAGCCGAACAAAGGUUGUUGCGCCGAAUCCGUGGGGUCCCCUCAUCAAUGGCAAGGACAUGAUGGCUGCGGCAGUCAGCGAGACCUACGCCUCGAUCAACUACACCGUGACUUUCAUUGACGAUUGGCUGUCGCAUCACCUCGGGUCAGGUGAAGUUCAUUGCGGAACCAACACGAUCCGAGACUUCAGUGACGUGUGGUGGUGA